UCGGAUUCACUUCGCUUUCACUUUGCUCGUCCGUCAGCAUUGCAUAUCGAGUUUAUACUUCCGUGUGUGCGUAUGUGGCGAUGAACCAGCACCAUAAUCCGGUCUUGUCCUCGUCGUGACUCGUCGGUGACGUAACCCAUAAAUAGAAGUCAGGAGAGUAAACCCAGCAGACGUUAUCCGUCUUCGAGGAGAAACGAUUCUUUCUAAUAACGAUACGUGUACCAUAAAAAAAGAUGCAAAGAACAUUAAAGAUCGCGAUCAUGAUGAUCCUCGUAACGCAGAAAACGUACGCUGAGGUCCAUGAGCAAACGACGAUGAAUACAAACGAAAGGAUACUGUUCAUAAGAAGUCUUCCUGGUUAUCCUGGAAGUAGAAGCAACUUGUACGAGGUUUACAUGGAACCAUAUUUCUUUGUAAUAGGAAUGAAAGCAGUGGUUGAGAUGAAAGCACUCGGAAAAGAUGGAUCGCCAAUAGAAGGUCCUAGAGGAAGCUUGACACUGGAACAACAAGUCGAUGGAGUUAAGAUAAAUGGAACUAUAACGGGUUUGAGUCCGGGUAUACAUGGAUUUCAUGUACAUGAAAAAGGUGAUCUUAGAGAAGGAUGCGAUUCGGCUGGGCCGCACUUUAACCCAUACAUGGUAAAUCAUGGAGCACCAAAUGACCCAUUACGGCACGUCGGAGAUUUAGGUAAUAUCGAGGUCGGACCUGAUGGAGUAGCACAAAUCAACGGUAUGGAUCAUUAUCUGAGUUUGGUUGGAGUUCGCGGUGCCAUUGGAAGAGCAUUGGUAAUACAUGCAAAACCAGAUGACUUUGGUCGCGGAGGAACCGAAGAAAGCAUCAAAACUGGAUCAGCCGGAGCUCGAUUAGCUUGUGGCAUUAUUGGAUUUUCAUAAACGUAAUUUUUGAUUCUCCUUCGUCUCACUUUAUACUGUCCAUAAUGUCGAGUGUUUUAUUUCAAUAUCGAUCGUAUCUUAUCGAUUCUUCCAUUCAAACUCGAUCAACCUCAAGAAUUCUUCUACCAACUUGAAAGUGAAAUAGAACGACGAAUGUGAAAGGAUUAGAUAUCUGUCAUAUCCUAAGGGUAUACGACCACUCCUUUAAUAAUUAACAAGCAACUAUAAAUUUGCAUCGAUGAAUGUUCCCUUCUAACGCAAGCUAUCCUCACCAUAUAUUAUUGUAUACUUUUACACAAAUAAAAUGAUUAUUUUCACGUAAUAAAUAAAUAAAUAUAAACAUUUGGAAAAAUA